AUGUAUACUUUCAAGGUCAGUGCUCUAUCGCGAACGUCUAGCGUUUACAGUAGCUACCAAUCACAGUGUAGUGAUACGAGCUCAAUGAAUUCAUUUCACCACUGUCUGGGUUGUUGUCGGUUACGGGUUGCUUCAUGUUUCAUAGGCAUGAUUAGCAUAGCGAUCUCGGUUGUCACAAUUUGCUGCUUGCUGUCUUCAUCGAGUAAUCUCUCGAUGGAAGUGCAGUCCAUGAUCUCAGCUCCCAUCACAGGCUUAGUGUUGUUCCAAAUAGCCACAUCAAUGCUGCUCAUAAUCGGCGUACUCAUUGACAUGCACUUGUUAAUGAUGCCAUUCCUGCUCAACUCGGUAGUCCACAUCUGCCUGGCCAUAGGCAUCGCUACGACAGUGUUGUUGUUUUCAGAAGAUGUUAAGAAGUUAUAUGUAGUCUGCAUGCUUGGUCUUGCCCUAUACGUAUACUUCACCAUGGUGGUGGCAAUGACGAUAUCGCUAAUAAGAGACAAACGAAGACUAGGUUACGACCAUCAGGACGAUUUCGACACUCGAGGAGGAGCAUUUGAUCGCAUCAGCAGCUCCGUUAUCUGA